AUGUCUCGCUCAAUUUACUUAGGUGCCGAUGGCCAACUCACCAUCAAGCAAGUCACGGAAGACUACACACCUCAAAAACUUCAAGCCCUUGUCUCAAUAAAGUACUCGGGCAUCAACCCCUGCGAUCUCAACUUCUUUCACGUUGGCCUCAACUCCUUCGUCACCGGCUUCGAGUUCGCCGGCAACGUCGAGGCAGUCGGGCCCGAAUCCACCCUGCAAAUCGGCGACGCCGUUCUCGGUAUCUCGCCCGUCGGGUUUCCCCAAAGAUCUUCGGCUUGCACACAUCAAGACAAGGCCAUCGUCGAAAGUAAUCUUACCUUCAAGCUGCCUCCCGGCCUCGCUCUCAAAGACGCCGGGGGCCUGGCUCUCACGACGCAGACCGCCGCCGACGCCAUCUUCAACAUUCUCGGUUUCGCCUUCCCCGCCGCGGGCGUCACCGGGACUGAUGGCACCGACAAGCCGAUACUGAUUUGGGGCGGGGCCAGCAGCGUCGGCGUCGCGGCCGUUCAGCUCGCAAAGGCGGCAGGAUUCAAUCCCAUCUUCACGACUGCGUCCGUCAAGAACCACGCCGCGCUACAGCUGCUCGGGGCUACACAUUGCUUCGACUAUAAGAGCCCCGAUGUGACUGGCGAUAUCCGCGCUGCUGCCAAGGAUAUCGGCGUGAGCCUGACUACCGGCUUCGAUACUGUUGGCAGCGGUCUGCAUGGCCCCAACGCCGACCCUGAGACGUCUACGCCGACGCUUCUCCGCAGGAGCUUGUCUGGAGGCGUCGAGGAAAAGUCUGUCAAGCUUGUGUGCACGCAACCCAUACCCCAUGAUCCGGCUUUUGGUUUCUGCACGUGCUACCGGCCCGUUGGUAGCGUCGGUGCCAUGGGUCACCCGCAAGACCCUGAAUUUCCGGUUCGCUUGCGUAGGGUCAUGGAACAUGUUCUGGACUCUGCCGAAAGGGCUCCGAAGCACCCCAAUAUUACUGUUGUCAAGGGUGGCGAAGCCGGGUUACGGGAGAUCCAGAGAGUGGCCUAUGGCGGUGCUUCGUUGGAGAAAGUUGUGAUUGAGCACCCGAUCUGA